UAUUAAAGUGUGUAAACGGUGUAAACAAAGCAACCCUUUCCAGAAAAUUUAAAUGCUUCCUCCGCCCAACAUGGACCGCUCGCGCCGGAAGCGCAAACUCACGGACCGGCUGCGGAACAGCUUCGUCGAGUUUCCGGCUCUCGGACAACAGCAGGCCGCCGAAAUCAAGCCGGAACCACCGGAAGAAGUGACCGCCUUCUGCCGACUGUGCAAAUCCAGCACCGGCGUCAAACUGCUCGCACUUUUCGGCCGUGGCCGGAAGUGUGCCCCGACGGGUACGGUUGAGAAGGUUCGUCGGUGUCUCGGAGUUGAGAUUUCGACGGAACACGAUCCGGAGGCACUGAUUUGUCGCGCGUGUCUAACGCGGCUGGAUCGUUACGAUGCCUUCCGGAGUCGGGCGUUGCAGUGCAACGAGUACGCUCAAAAUCAGAUGGCCGACGACGAAGCUCAGCUGGGGGAUGAUGUCCCCGCGGAAGUUCGGGUUUGUCGGUUCUGUUUGAAAAUUGGUGGUCGGUUGAUGGACUUGUACCCGGAGGGAGGUGCCUCGGAAGAGCAGCAGCUAGCUAUGAUACGAGAGUGUCUGGACGUUGAGAUAAACUUGUGGGACUCGGUGACCAAGAUUUGCCGGAUUUGCCUUCAGAGCUUGGAGGAGUUGGUGGCGUUUCGCAAGGAGCUGCUGCCGGAAUCGGUUUAUGUCAAACAGGAAGAGAAGCCGGAACUGUCGAAUUUGGGAGCGCUGGCUGAGAUUCUGGACAUGCAUGUGUCUGAUUCGGAUUGUUCGCUUGAGGAUGGUGAAGAUCCGCUGGAGAAGUCCACCUUGAAGACCAUCCAACCUGAGUUAGUUGCUUUGCUUGGGACGGAUCGAGAAGGUCGUAACUUCACCGUGCUCAAAGAUGAUGGAGAAAGGUUGAAGAUUUCAUUCGAAGGCUUCCAGUUCCAGUUCUCGUCCAUGCAACUGAAGGGAAAGUCUUGUUGGAACUGCGCCAUGCAACGCCUUCGAACCUGCAGAAAAAAGUUGGAAAUUGAUUCUUCGGGAAUGGUUGCUUCUACGACUGGCAGGCACAAUCACUCUGACAGGUUGGACAAUCUGAUGGAAUGCCCCGGAAAGGGCAAAAUGUCGUUCAACAAGCUGGGGAUGGAUUUCUGGUUUUACUACGGGGAUUCCAAGCAAUACCAAAACACCAGGACUAUCUUUCUGGACGGGUUCAAGUAUUACCUAUCGCGUCUACUGAUAGGCUCGGCCGGAAGCAAGUGGAAUUGUUCGGAACUAAGACAGCAUCGUUGCAAGGCAACCCUCCUCAUCGACGGCAUCUUCGAGCGGGCUGAACUAAAGGGAAAGCACACGCACAAAGCUAUGCUUCAGCGAAAAAUCGACUUGGCGUUGACCUCGUCCGGCAUUGAUCUGGAAUCCACGGAAGCGAUCACCACUUUUCGGCGGGACAAUCCAAGUGUAACCGGAAUCGCCGAAGAUCGCGAAGUGGCUAAUCAGAAGAACCUGUUGAGCUUGAUGAGAUCGGCUACGAAAGAGAAGCAACCGGAGAUAUUCCGGAUUCUCGGCGGCGAGGAGGAUCCCGAGCGGAACUUCCAGGUCACGCGAACCGGUGCCAAGUUUAAGCUCUGCAAGGACGGGUACGAGCAUCGUUACUAUGGUCGGUUGGAGGGUGGAGUUACGGUGUGGAAAUGCAUCAUGGACUCGUUGAAGCACUGUCAGGUUGUGGUGAAGUUGGGCGCCGACGCCAAGCGGCUGGAACCGUUCAACAGGAAAAGACACAGCCACGGAACGGAACCGAUGGAGGUGCUGAGCUAUCCGAUCGGGCAGAGGAUGGUGGGGGGUGAGCCGGUUUGGCUGUUGAGUCGGGUUUCCCUGUACUACGAGAGUCGGUUCGUGUGCUUUCGGGGCUUCCUGUUCAUCAUGCAGGAAAUCAACCGGAAGGGCUUGAUUCGCUGGUGUUGUUUGCGGAAGCAUUCCUGCCGGACGCUGUUGAUAACCAAGGGCAAUUUUGACGAGAUGGUACAAAAAGGCGAGCACUCGCACGAAAAACUGUCGGACGAUGAACUCGGCAAACUGAUUGAGGGCAAACCUAGCGCGACUCCACAACCAACGGAGAAUCUCUCCUUCCGGCAGAAGCUGCUCUCCUACCCGUGCACCAAAGGCUCAAUCUGGGACGAAGACCGCGUCCAGUUCGAGACGUUCUACGUGCUGUCGGAUGUAAACAAGGCCGUCCACACCGGGUACGGGUUCGUCUUCCGUGGACAUCGCUACGCGUUCGGCUCGCUGGACCAGAACGAAUCGAGUCAGUGGAUCUGCCUCUGGCAGGAAACCUCUCGGGGCAGUUGCAAAGCAAAGGCGCUCGUCGAAGGUCAAUUUCAAUCCGUGCGGAUAUCCUGCAGCCACAACCACGACGACAUGACCGAGUCCGAACUGCAGCACAUGCUCAAACGGAGCUUGCUCCAUCCCACGCUAGGUGAGUCAAGCUUGGAGGUCCUGCCGGAACCGGAGUCCAGCAACAUUCUAGCUACCUUGGCCCGACCAGAUCCGGAGCGAAACUUCGAGGUGAAGCGAACCAAGUACAAAUUUCUCGUAACUUACGAGGGAGAAAACUUUCGACUGAAAUCGCGCUCGCCGGACGGAAGUUCGGUGUGGAGUUGCGUCUGGACGAGCGCGCGAAAGUGUAAGGUCCUUUUACACCUAAAGGCCGACGGGAAAAUGGUCACGGUCGCGGACGACACCAAGAAGCAACACUCGGACCAAGAGAUUGCCGUUUUCUCGCACGAGCUGGGAAAAUUGCAAAUCUUCGACGAGGACAAGGACGAGCACCUGCCCUGUUGGUUGUUCAGCUACACCUCAGAGUACCGCGAAAAUCGAGGCAUAAUCUACCAAGAGUACAAGUACAUGCUGUACAACAUCAACAAUGCCGGCGUCAGCAAGUGGAAAUGCCACGUCACGCAGUGCAAAUGUUUCGCUCGAAUCUCCAACACCAUGAAGAUCAUCUCCGUCAGGAACGGUCCGCACACGCAUCACGAACCGCUGACCCAGCAAGAACUCAAAUCCCUCACGGGCACCGACAACCCCCAAGCCCCGAUAACACCUCCCACCCCACCCAACGAAGCCCUCCCGCCAAGAUACUCCACCCUGCAGCGAAUCCUCGCAACCGAAGACCCGAACCGCAACUUUCAACCACUUUUCCACCAAGACCAAACCAAAAUCGCCCACGACGGCUUCGAGUACAACUACAGCUCGUCCGAGGCCACCCACUCGCUUUGGCGGUGCAACUUCUCCACCAUCCGCAAGUGUCGAGCCAAACUGCACCUCGAUCACGACGGAAAGCGCGCAUUCCUCCCCGACCUCCCCAAACACAACCACAGUGCCGACCUGUGGGAGCUGUUCUACUACCCGCGCGGCCCAAGCACCAUCAUGAACGCGUACACCGAGACGACCGAGCCGUUCCACUUUCUGGUGCAGCCGUCGUUCCUGAGGCCGAUUCCGUUCCUGAUCUACGGGCGGCACAAGUACACGAUACGGUUCAUAACGGAGUCCGGCGACAGCUGCAAGUGGCAGUGCGUUGGCAACGGGUGUCGCGUGUGCUUGACCGUGACGGGGCUGUUUGAGCUGCUAGUCGAGGAUGGGAGCGAACACGUGGAUGCGCCGUUGUCGGAGGGCAAGAUAGCGGAGUUUGCGCGGAAGUAUGGGAGUGCGGUGGAGGAGGGUACUGGUGGUGAGGAAGUUGUGGAACAGGAUAAUUUUCCGUUCGUUGAAGUCCACAUGAAGGAAUGGUACGGCGACGGGGUUGUUGAGCUUUGAUAUUGUUAUGUCAGUAGUUAAGAAAGUUGCUUUCUUUCGUUGAAAUAAAAUCAGUUUUUGUUGAAUUUAAUA